GUAGUCACAGAUCACAACACAUUGACAUUUUACAUUUGCCUCGUGUACAUUUCGUCUUUAAAGUACUAUUUGUGUCAUUUUGUCACUCAAAUGAAUCUUGUGUGCUUAGCAUAAUUUUAUUUGGAAACAACUUAGGAACAGAAAGAAAAAGGCAUCACUACCAUCAUGGAGAAUAUAGCCAAAGAAGACAUUAACCGGGUGGCGGAAACAAUAUCGUUUCCAUUGGAGGAACAACGAGUGUUGCAAUAUUGGUGCGAGAAUAAUAUUUUCGAACGUUGCAUGCAAUUGUCGAAAGGACGACCUAGAUACACAUUUUAUGAUGGCCCACCCUUUGCCACCGGCCUACCUCACUACGGCCACAUACUAGCCGGUACAAUCAAAGACAUUGUCACCAGAUACGCAUACCAGCAAGGCUACCAUGUUGAUCGUAGAUUUGGCUGGGAUUGCCAUGGUCUACCAGUUGAGUUUGAAAUCGAUAAAGAUCUGGGCAUCCAUGGUCCACAAGAUGUCGAGAAAAUAGGGAUUGCAGCUUACAACAAUGAAUGUCGAAAAAUAGUGAUGAGAUAUGCAAAUAACUGGGAAGAAGUUGUCACGAGAAUGGGACGUUGGAUUGAUUUCAAAAACGACUACAAAACGCUCUAUCCAUGGUACAUGGAAACCAUUUGGUGGGUAUUCAAUGAGCUCUUCCAAAAGGGCCUUGUUUAUCAGGGUGUGAAAGUGAUGCCCUAUUCAACUGCUUGCACAACACCCCUUUCGAAUUUCGAAUCUGGUCAAAAUUACAAGGAUGUUGUUGACCCGUGUGUAACAGUGGCAUUGGAACUUGAAAACACGCCGAACACUUACUUUUUGAUCUGGACAACAACUCCUUGGACGUUGCCAUCGAACUUUGCAAUUUGUAUGAAUGCUAACAUGGAUUACGUCAAAGUUGAAGACAUCAAAUCGAAGAGACACUACAUUCUAGCUGAAUCUAGACUUGAAUAUGUGUUCAAAACACAAGAGGAAUAUUCGAUAGUGGAGAAAUUUAAAGGCUCUGCAUGCGCUGGCUUGAAGUACAAGCCAUUGUUUCCCUACUUCAAAGAACGUGGAGCAACUGUCAAUGCCUUUAGAGUUCUAAUCGAUGAUUAUGUCACUGAGGACUCGGGUACUGGGAUUGUACACAAUGCACCAUACUUUGGUGAAGACGAUUAUCGGGUUUGCUUGAUUGGUGGCCUUAUAACAAAGACCAGUCCGGUAAUUUGCCCAGUCGAUGAUUCUGGAAAAUUUACUGAAGUGGUUUCAGACUUCGUUGGACAAUAUGUCAAAGAUGCUGACAAGCAUAUCAUAGCUAAGCUGAGAGAAUCUGGGAAUUUGGUAGCGGCGAGUCAAGUAAAGCAUAGCUAUCCAUUUUGUUGGCGGUCUGAUACUCCUCUUAUCUAUAAAGCCGUUCCAAGUUGGUUUAUUCGUGUUGAGCACAUGAUGACCAAGCUACAAGCAUGUAGUUCGAAAACUUAUUGGGUUCCUGAUUUCGUCAAGGAAAAACGCUUCGGAAAUUGGCUAAAAGAUGCUCGUGAUUGGGCGGUCAGUCGCAAUCGAUAUUGGGGAACCCCUAUGCCAAUUUGGAUGUCAGCUGAUGGAAAUGAAGUCGUCUGUAUUGGAAGUAUAAAGCAACUUGAAGAAUUAUCUGGACAAAAAGUCACCGAUCUUCAUAGAGAAAAUAUCGAUCACAUUGAAAUCCCAUCAGCAAUUCCCGGAAACCCACCAUUACGACGUAUUGCUCCAGUAUUUGAUUGCUGGUUUGAAUCGGGCUCUAUGCCAUUUGCUCAGCAGCAUUUUCCAUUUGAAAAUGAAAAGGAUUUUAUGAAUAAUUUCCCUGCUGAUUUUAUCGCCGAGGGAAUCGAUCAGACGCGAGGAUGGUUUUAUACUUUAUUGGUCAUUUCGACAGCACUUUUCAAUAAGCCUCCAUUUAAGAAUCUGAUUGCUAAUGGAUUGGUACUAGCAUCUGAUGGGCAGAAAAUGUCAAAACGCAAGAAGAAUUAUCCGGAUCCAAUGGAUGUUGUAAAGAAAUAUGGAGCUGAUGCAUUGAGACUUUAUCUUAUUAAUUCGCCAGUAGUGAGAGCCGAAAAUCUACGCUUCAAAGAAGAAGGUGUUCGUGAUGUCAUUAAAGACGUCUUUCUCCCAUGGUACAAUGCAUAUAGAUUCCUUCUACAGAACGUAGGCCGUUUGGAAAAAGAAGAAAAGAUGCAGUAUGUGUUUGAUGCAUCUCGGCUAGCUGAAAACCUGGAAAAGAGAAAUGUCCUUAACGAUUGGAUACUUUCAUUCAAAGAAACACUCGUAGAAUUCUUUACACAAGAAAUGAAAUCCUACCGUCUGUAUACAGUUGUACCGCGCCUUACGAAAUUUAUAGAUCAACUCACUAAUUGGUACGUUCGUUUGAAUCGACGUCGCAUCAAAGGCGAGCAAGGAGUUGAGCUGUGUAUUCAAUCGUUGGAUACACUUUUCGAAGUACUCUUUUCAAUGGUUAUAGUAAUGGCACCGUUUACACCAUUCUUGGCUGAGUACAUGUUUCAACGAUUGAAUAUGCUUCUACCUAAGAAGUUAGAUGGUUCGGUUCAUUUCCAAAUGAUACCACAGGUAAAUAGUGCAUUUAUAAAACAUGAUAUAGAAGUGGGUGUUUCACGGAUGCAGAGUGUUGUUGAGCUGGGACGAGUUAUGCGUGACCGUCGUUUGUUGCCAGUAAAAUAUCCAGUCUCGGAGAUAAUCGUCAUUCACAAAGAUGAAAAUUAUCUUAAAGAUAUUGAGAAUCUUCAGGAUUACGUUAAAAGCGAACUUAAUGUUCGUAAAUUAACUCUAAGCUCAGAUAAAGAAAAAUAUGGUAUUACGUUGCGUGCCGAACCGGAUCAUAAGACGCUUGGUCAACGUUUGAAAGGUGACUUUAAGGCUGUUAUGUCCGCAAUCAAGCAACUGACUAACAAUGAAAUUCAAGAGCAUUUAGCUAACGGCAAAUUUAAGAUCAUGAAUCAUGAAAUUGAGCUCUCCGAAGUGCGUAUAAUUUUGUGCAUCGAAUCUCAAGUUGGUACGAACUUUGAAGCUCACAGUGAUAAUGAUGUACUUGUUCUAUUAGACAUGACACCAAGCGAAGAGCUUUUGGAAGAAGGCCUUACCAGAGAGAUUAUAAACCGCAUACAAAAGUUGAAAAAGAAAUCCCAACUUAUUCCAACCGAUCAAGUGUUGAUAUUUUAUAAAUUCAAUCAAAAUGAUCAUCAAAUAGCUAAAAUAGCUACAAAAUACUCUGAGACAAUUCAAACGACAGUCAAGUCCAAGUUUAUGCCAUAUACAGAAUCGAUUAUUGCUAAUAGGCAACUUAUUGCAUCUGAGUGCUUCGAUUUGAAAGGUGUUCAGAUGGAGAUAUCCAUUUAUUCAGCCCAUGAAGCUAUACUACCAGCAGCACCCUGGAUAAAUAUUCAUUUGGGUGAUUCGGUAACACCACGUUUCGAGAACUCUCGUAAGGCAACUAUAAUUAUGCAGAAGCCCAAUGGUAAAUUUAUAACUCUUGAAGAGUUGCAAAACGAAAUUGAUAUCAUAUUUGGACUUUAUGGCAUUGACUACGUCCUCCUUCUCAAUGGAAAACUUAUCACUUCAUUAAAUGAUUUACCAAAAGGUUCCACAUUGGUCGUUUCGAGGAAAACUAAAGUUGACAUCUUGGAAGGUGGAGUCAGUUGUGUAAGCUCUGCUCUGCCAUUCUCGAAAUUUGUUAAUUGCGAAUUUGAAGGAAAAAAAUACACUCUCCUCGAUGAAAAUCCUAGCAGUAAUAAACUUUGCAAUCAGCAGGAUCUACUUAAAGUUAUCUAUCCUAAUGCAGACCACAAAAGAAUUCAACUUACAAGUAAAUAGAUAGUUUCCAAAUCUUUUCAAUUAAAAAUUAAACCAUGAAUUCAACUGAUUAGUACAUAGAUAGUUUUCACAUCUUUUCAAUUAUAAAUUAAAUAAAUGAUUAGUAAAUAAAUGUUUUCCUCAUAGUUCUAAUUAUAAAUUAAAGCCAUGAGGUUAACAGUUAUUAAAUAAAAACUGUUUUCAUUAAUGAA